CUUUUCUUCCUCUCCUUCCAUCCCCAUAAAUGCCAAGAUCAAAUCCUGGGGGAAGAUCCGUAUGAAAUGCCUGAAGACUACCAGGAGGUCUACAGAGGGACAAAAAAUGAUGUCAAAGAGAUUCCAAAGAUUGCAAAGCCCUUCAUUUCUGAGAUGAUCUUUGUGCAAACCAGCAUCACUGCUAUAAGGAAAGGUGCCUUCAGGUACAUGCCCAACCUGAUCAAGAUUUUGUUUAUUGGCAACAAGAUCAAGACAGUUGAACCCGGAGCCUUUGAUAAUUUGGACAAGCUGAGGGACUUGGACAUCUCUGGUGCCUCUUUAGAAGAACUACCUGUGGGCACUUUCCAAAACCUCCCAAGCUUGCAAAGGCUGGAGCUGAGAGAUAACCACCUCAGGUACAUCCCCAAAGGCCUGUUUGAUGGGCUGGAAAAUCUGGGAGAGCUCUCUCUGCACAUCAAUGCAAUCCCUUCUCUUCCAGAAGGCAUUUUUGAUUCUCUUGUCAAUCUAACAUUUUUGGACCUGGCUAGAAACAGGAUCACGACUCUUUCUGGGGAUGCCUUUAGCAAACUCCGCCAGCUGCAAGUCCUCCGGCUGUAUGAGAAUGAGUUGCAGGACCUCCCGGAGGGGUUACUAGACAGUCAGCUGGGGCUGCUGGAGCUCAGCCUCCAGAGGAACAGGCUCAGGGCACUGCCACCCAUGCUCCUGAGGAGCCUGCCUCACCUGGAGAAACUCCUCUUGGAUAACAACCGCAUCAGGGUUCUCCCACCUCAGGCCUUUUUUGGUUUAAACAAAUUGAAACUGCUGACUCUGGGUUCAAACCACAUUACGGAGCUCCCCUGCUGCCUUUUUGACACCAUGCCACAUCUGUGGGAGCUGGACCUGGGCAGGAACAGUUUGGCCACACUUCCAGACAACAUCUUCGUCAACCUCACAUCUCUUGGCAAGCUCAUCUUGUCCCACAAUCAGCUAGCAGCCCUGCCAAGAGGAGCCUUCACUGGGCUUAGCAAGCUCUCGGACCUCCAGCUGGACACAAAUCAGCUGUCUGCUCUGGAUGAUGAGAUCUUUGCUUCUCUCUCAAAUCUGAAAACACUCAACCUUCGGAAGAACCAGCUGGAGAGUAUCCCACGAGGGCUCUUAGACCCCCUAAAGAAGCUCAGCUCAGUGUUUCUGAGUGGGAACCCGUGGAGAUGUGACUGCAACCUCUGCUACCUGCACAGCUGGGUCCUGGGCAACAGUGAGAAGGUAAAAUUGUCCACCCAAGUGUCGUGCAAGAGUCCAUCCCACCUGGCAGGGCAAGCAGUGACAUCGAUGAGGGAUGUCCACUUGAUUUGCCCAGCUACUCUGCCCCUUUCAGCUUAUUUUACCCCUUCUCUGCCAUUCAUGUCCACAUCAUCACAAGGGAUGUCAACUUUGCUGUCACCUGAAGACUUUCCCACUUCAGCACCAAACACACUGUCAUUGGCAGCCUUUCCCAUCACAGCUCUGCCAACCAUGCUGUCACCUGUGGCCACUUCUGCCAUGUUGCCAACCAUGCCAACAAAGGUCUUCUUCACCACUCCAUCACCAGCCAAGCCAUCUAAGGUCUUUGUCACCACCCCAUCAUCAGCUAUGCUACCCAAGGCCUCCAUCACCACCCCAUCAUCAACCGAUGUGCCCAAGGCCUCCACCAUCACCCCAUCAUCAACCAAUGUGCCCAAGAUCUCCAUCACCACCCUGUCAUCAACCGUGAUGCCAAAGGCUUCCAUUGCCACCCCAUCACCAGCUGUGCUGCUUAAGGCCUCCUUCACCACCCUAUCACCAACUGAGCUGCCCAAGGCCUCCAUCACCACCCCAUCACCAGUUGUGCCACCUGAGGCUUCCAUCAACACAUCAUCACCGACCGUGCUGCCAAAGGCCUCCACUGUCACCCCAUCAUCAACCAUGUUGCCCAAGGCUUCUAUCACCACCCCAUCACCAGCUAUGCCACAGGAGGCCUCCAGCCUGUAUCCAACUCCAGCCUUCAUAAGCCUACAGCCUCCUGGGACCACCAGCCCAGAGCCUGCACUGUCCACUCUAGCUUCUGCCACCACACUGGUGCCAACCAGCCCACUGGCAGCCACCACUAGAGAAAUGACUCCCUCUCUUCUGGUGCCCACAGAGGAGCCAACCACCAUCCCAUGGGGGACACCCAGCAUCUCCCUUGUCUCAGACCACCCCACAGCACUCUGGCCACCCUCCAGGGCUGCUGUGCCGGGCAUGGUCCCGCUGGACUCACACUCUGCAUCCCACCACGCUCCUGUGCCAGGCAGGGAACAGGACCAUGCCACAACGUGGGGCUUGUCCACAGUUGGCACCCAACCCACUCAGCACACUCCCACCCCUUCAGGCGCCAUCCUGCUCCCGAUACCUCCUGUCACCCCACAGCCAGACCAUAGAAGCCCGUGGCCAGUUCCCUCACCCCUGGCGCCCCGUGGCCACACCUGGGGCUUCUCCCUGCGGUCCAGCCCGCGGCGCUGCCGGGUGGCCCUGGCCCUGGGCCUGGCCGCGCUGGCACUGCAGGCAGGCUGCGUGCUGCUAUGGGGGAGGCUCGCCCUCCUCCUCCGCCAAGCCACCCGACACCGGGGCCACCCCGUGCCACCGGUGAGACUGCUGAGUCUCCAAGCCCUGGCCACCCCACAGCCCCCCGAGCAAGCCCGGGCACUGCUGUGAGCUUUGCUGUGUGACCUGAGCACUGCCCGUUGUCCUCCUCUGGGGUCUGCUGGAGCCGUGCUGGCCGUGGGGUGCGUAUGUCACAGGGUGGGUGUCCCAGCCCCCAGGUUAUUUUGGGGUGCCUCCCAGCUGGCCCCUGGAGAUGCUGUGAGCCUGGGGAGGUUAUGCGCCGUGUCAGUGUCUGAGGGGCCCUUCUGCCAAGAGACACUAGAUGGCAUCCCGACACAGGCAGUGGCUGCCACCGGGAGCAGAGAGGGCGACCAGUGGCCCUGGAGGCAUCGCACCGAAAUGCCCGAGACCCCGCACCCCGCAAGCUGGGGACCUCGCUGGACCUCGGGCACCGCCCGCUCUCGCUUUCAGGGCCUGGCUGGGGCUCCUGCCUGCAUCUCUUCCCCAUCCCUGGCAGGUUGCUACCUUCAGGGCGCAAGCAGUCCUUGGGGAAGGACAUCCCAAGGCUUCCUGCCCCUCAUCCCAGCUUCUUCCCUGUGUCGUGUUACAGGAUGUGUCAGUGCCCAUAUGUCCAUCGUAAUGCUCUGACCUCUUCCCCUCUCACUGAUCCUUUCCUCCUCAUUGAUAUUAAAGCCUCCCCUGCAUCUCUGCCAUGCACUGAAGGGCUGGCUAGAGGAGUAUUUUCAUCUCAGGGCCCUUCUCGCCGUGACCUGCUGUGGGGGAUUCCUCUUGCUUGCUGGAACGUGGGGUCCCCAGCCAGCACCGGCCUUCAGGGACCCGUGUGGGAUCAAGCCUGUGUGCCCUCCUGCAGGCAGCAACAUAGUGAGACAAUAGUUAUGCUUUUCUUUCCCCUCUUAAGCCUUACACCCCCAGAACCUCUUUGCAAUGCUCUGCUUGCCCCGGCCUCUCUGGAAGAGCAAUGUCUGAGCAUGGCUGGACGUGCGGUUCUCAUACCGUAACUUCACCUGAUGCUGAGCCUGAGGGCAGCUGGGCACUGGCUCUUCAGAAGCUCGGGAGAAAGGGGCUAAUUCUCCUCGUAACUGAAGGGUUGAUGUGUGCCUUCACCUUUGCAGUUCCUGCCAGGGCCAGGAAAGUGCCACACUUAAACAAAAGUAGCUGUUUCUGUGGGGUUUCUGCCAUCGCAGAAAACGCUGAAACUUCCACAGGAAGGCUUUAGCCCAGGUGAUUUUUGAGCGGAUGAACACAGGAGUUGUUCCUUG